GGUACCACAGUAACUUACGCAACGCCCGAUCGGACGCCCGAAAUUUUCGUCAUUUUAUCGUUGUACAAACGCGCCGUUUCGCGAUGAAAACUCCUUUAUCCAAUUGAAAAAACUGACCGUUUGUAAAUUGGGUGUUCGUGCAGUGAUCAGUGAGAUGGAGGGAAAGAUAUCGCACAGCGGAUUGUUGGCGCGAAGUCCCGAGGGACAUGCGGCCCGCGGGAUGCAGAUCAAGGGCAACGAGGACGUGUGGGUGGAGAUACAGGCGAACACGUUCAGGAACUGGGUGAACGAGCAUCUGCCUAAGAACCUAAAGAUUGCCGAUCUGGCUGAAGAUCUGUGCACGGGGGUGCGGCUCUGCACUCUGGUCGAGAGCCUCAGGGGGAAGCCCCUGAGGCCCAGCUGGAACAAACGACCUAUGAACCAGCAUCACUAUUUGGAAAACGUUACUUGUGCCUUGAACGCCAUCGAACAAGAUGGGGUGAAACUGGUCAAUAUAGGAAACGUUGACAUCGUGAACGGGAACUUGAAACUGAUCCUCGGACUGAUCUGGUCGUUGAUCGUUCGAUACCAAAUAGGAAGAUCCAAAUUCCCUCCCAGAAAAUUGAUGCUGGCAUGGCUGCAAGCGGUUUUGCCCGAAUGCAAGGUCAGCAAUCUGACCACAGAUUGGAACUCCGGAAUUCUUCUGUCCGCCCUGAUCGAUUAUUGCAGGCCGGGACUCUUCCCUCAUUGGAGGAAGCUAGACAGGAACAACGGCAUAGAAAAUUGCCGAAGAGCAAUGGAAAUCGCCCAAAGGGACCUGGGAAUCCCCGCGGUCCUUGAACCUGAAUAUCUGGCCUCGCCGUGGUUGGACGAACUGUCAGGAAUGACCUAUUUAUCGUAUUUCAUGAAACCUGGUUCCCCUGGCUUCCAUGCGACCUUAAAAUGGGUUAAUUCCAGAUUGGAACGUCCUGUCAAUAACUUCACCAGUGACUGGAACGAUGGAAGGGUUAUAAGUGAAGUGAUAAGGUCUUUAGGAGGAUCAGCAACUGCUCCAGAAAAAUUGAGGAGUGAUCCAUCCCAUUGGGAGUCGAAUCUGAAUCAAGCCAUAGAGGCAGGAAAACGUUUAGGCGUUCAACCCGUGUUAAAUGCAAAAGAUAUGGCUGACAAAAACGUGGAGCAUUUGGGGGUGAUGGCGUACGCCGCCCAUUUCCAAUGGGUCCCCGAACGGCCGCCGCUCCACGAUCUGAUCCAGGUUCAUUUGAACUCCACCUCGGGAAGAGUGGGGGAACCGACACACUACCAGGUGACUCUUCUGGACCAAUCUUUGUCCUACUCGAACGUUUCGGUGGAGAUCCGAGCGCCCGACAACAAAACUUAUUUGGGCAAGAAUUCGGGCAAGGGACAUGGCACUUUUAUACCCCAGAGGGUGGGAAUGCACGAACUGAUUGUCAAAUACGAAGGUGACGAAGUUUCUUCCGGACACUUCUUUCGUGUGUUGCCGCCACUCGUUGAAGUUGCGCCGCCUGGUAUGGCGCCGUGCGCUCUUGGCUCUCUUGUCCAAGUUUUGGUCAAUGCUACAGGGGCACCAAAACGGGAGGAUAUUCUGGUAACAGCCUACAGUCCCACAGGAAGACCGCUAGAUUGUCCAUUGACCACCAUCGAUGGAACCAACAGUGCCACCUUCAAACCAGACGAGGCGGGAGAAUGGAGGAUCGAAAUCACAUAUCAGGGCAAACAAAUUCAAGGCGGCCCGUUCACAUGUUCAGUCUUCGAUCCUAACGGAGUUCAUGUUUCUGGACUUGAAGGUGCUUUGCCGUUGGUUCCGCACAGCAUCGAUUUAGACUGCAGAGGAGUUGGAGUGCCUGGGGAAGUUUUCGCUGACAUUGUUCACGACAAACGAUCCGUUCAUUGUCGGGUUGAAAAAGUGGACAGUGCAGGUUUCCACUACAAAAUUCAUUUCGUACCUAAAGAUGCUGGAAAACACAGGGUAUAUGUGUACUUCAAUGGCUACGACGUGAAAGGGUCGCCGUUUAUGAUGCGAGUGGGCACUCAGAAACGAUCAAAAUCCAACAGCAGCCCAACAGGCUACCGACAGAGCCCCACGAAUCGCUACUCUAGCUCCAGCCCCACGUCUAGGAACACAAUGCUGAACAGUUACCGACAAAACGCCAGUCCCGUUUUGGAGGAGACCCACAAAUACGCCAAGGACUAUCACAGGAUGAGCGAGAAGCGCUUCCAAACGAGCUCGCCGAAUUUCGAAAGGAGCAGUCCCAGUUACAUGCAAAGGACUAGCAGUCCCGUUUACAGGAACCCAAGUCCCAGUUACGGGAGAGACAGUCCGGAUUAUAUAUCGAGCAAACGAUUGAACGAGAAACGAUACGACACGUCCAGUCCCAGUUUCGCGAAGAAAGUGGACCACGAAUAUACGAGCAAGAUGAACCAGUUGCGGAUUAACGAGACGAGGAGUCCUAACUUCGAACGAUCCAGUCCGGAUGUUGGAUACACCACCUCGAGGUACGACAAGAGGGUGACCGAAAGCAGGAGCUACGAUUCAUACGGAGGUGUCGACUCGAGUCCGAUCAUCAAAGUUUCGUCUUUGGGAGAUCACAGCUCUGCAAGACGAGACUCCUGGGACGCCAUAAACAAAACCAGGAACAUCUUGUCGGAAAGGAGUCUGGAAUCGUUGGCGAAUCUCACCGAUUCGCAACUGGAUAUGGAUUUACGUCGUAAGAAGAUCGAGGAGCAUUCCAGGUUCGUUACGAGUGAACAAAAUCAGAGUUACACGCAGAACUACUCUCAGAACUAUUCGCAAAAGUACAACUCCAGUUUGGAAUACGGGGACAAAAGUUACGGACGACAAAGUCCCAUUUACAAAGUUACCAGAGGCGGUGGUGCUAGCUCGGUUAAAGUUCAACCAGUCCCCGAUGGAGUUUUGGGACAACCUGUUGAGUUUGAAAUUGACGGGAGUGGUGCCGGUUCGGGAGACUUGGAGAUCCUGGUGGAGGGUGGCAGGGUGACGUCCAGUGUGAGAAGUUUGGGCGGUCAGAGGUUCAAGGCGGCAUUCACCCCACAUCAGGCGUUGCCACACAGGGUCGACAUCAAGUUCAACGGCGAGACGGUACCAGGUAGUCCGUGGCACGUGCACGUGAUGAACGGCCCGAACGCACACCUGUCCGUCGUGGGGGACGCGACCCGUCUCCUGCCCGCGAACGCGGCCGCCCUCUUCGAGAUCAUAGCCGGGGCGAACGUCGCCCCCGACGACUUCACCGUCCACGUCCUGUCGCCGAGCAAGCGGGCGGUGCCGGCCCGCGUGCUGCCCGGCACAAGGGCCGGCGUCCACGCCGUCGAGUUCGUGCCCACCGAGGUGGGUACGCACGUCGUCGAGGUGGCGGUGGACGGGGAGAAGUUGCCCUCGGGGCCGCUCGUUGCCAAGGUCUAUGACGCGAGCCUGAUUCAGGUGGCCGACGUUAGCGGGGGGGUUGUUGGUCAGCCCGUCCAAUUCAGAGUGGACGCCAGCCAGGCGGGAGAAGGCCAAUUGGAGAUCUCGAUAAACGAAGGAGAGGUGCCGAAUCAUGUGCAAGUGGUUGGCGGCGGCCGUUGUCUGGUCUCCUUCACCCCCGACCAAGCCAAACCGCAUCUGAUAGACAUUAAAUUCAACGGAGAAACAGUCCGCGGUUGUCCCUUUGUCUGCACCGUUGCCGACACCAGCCGAGUGACUUUGAGCCUCUCCCAUUUAGAAUUGAUACCCGUGAAUCAAGCGAACUCCUUCCACAUGGGAGUGGCGGGCGGUGGAGCGGCAGAAUUGGCGGUGGCGGUCCGAGGACCGGUCGGGGAGUUGCCCGUUAAGGUUACAGGAGACAUUCACUCCGGUUUUACCGCCGAGUUCACCCCGAAUCAGGUGGGUGCCCACCAGAUAACUGUGGAUUACAAUGGACGACCCGUACAGGGCACCCCCUUCAUCGCCAAAGCCUUCGAUUCUAACAAAGUAACGGUGGGAACUGUGGCACGGGGAACGGUGGGCAGACCCGUAACCUUCUCCGUAGAUGCCAGCGAAGCUGGCGAAGGCAAUUUAGAAAUCACGAUAUCGGCCCGCGGCCUUAACAUACCCACGCAAGUCCACCCGCAAGGCAACGCUCGUUUUGCCGUCAGCUUCGUGCCCGCCGAAGCCUGUGACCAUGUGGUGAACGUUGCAUUCAACAAACGGCCCGUGGUCGGUUGUCCGCUGAUUGUGAGCGUGGGAGGUAGUGGUACAGGACCUAGUGUCACCCUCCCAGGCCCCGGCCCCGUUCAUAGGGCCAGCACGCUGCUGAUCAAUCAUCCCGGACGCCUGGAGGACAUUGAGGUCAAUGUGGAGGGACCAGGAGGUCAAGCGGUACCAACCCAAGUCCAGCCGUUAGGCAACGGUCAAUUUAGAGCAGAGUUUGUGCCGCGAGUCGUCGGAGAACAUAGAAUCAACGUGAGCGUCAGCGGAGUACCCACUGUCGGCAGUCCUUAUGCCGCUAAAGUAUACGAUGUGCAGGCCAUCAAAGUCAAGGAAGCCUCCACUGGAGUUGUCGGCAAACCUGUCACCUUUUUGGUUGAGACAAGCCAAGCUGGCCCCGGAAACUUAGAAGUGACGGUGAACGGCGGUCUGGUACCGACAUCGGCACAGGCCCAGGGACCGCAUACUUACGCCAUCUCGUUCACGCCACGAGAAGCCACCAUCCAUUCGGUUGAUUUGAGAUUCAACGGACAAGAUGUUCCGGGAAGUCCUUUCAAAUGCAACGUGGCACCUGCCGCUAAAAUCAUAACUCCAGAAGCUUUAGACAAGGUCUCCGUCGGUAAGGCUUGCAGUUUCUCGGUUGAGAGCGCCAACCCGCCUAUCGUGGAAGUCUUAGGACCGGCCAGAAGGUCCCUCCCGACACAAAUCACACCGCAGUCUGGGGCGCCAAAUAAGUUUACAGUUUCCUUCACUCCUCUGGAUGUCGGUGACCACAGUGUCGAGGUACGACUUCCCGGAGGUCACAUAGAAGGAAGUCCGUUCCUCGUGAAAGCUUACGAUGCAAACCGAGUGACAGUAACAGACAUAACCGACGGUACUGUCGGAAAACCUGUAUCUUUCAGCAUCAACGCCUCCCAAGCUGGUGCCGGAAACCUGGAGAUUAUCGUCGCAGUUGCCGGAAGGAACGUCCCAAAUUUCGUGCAAAGCGAAGGCAACGCACGAUUCAAGGUGAAUUUCAAACCUACAGAAGCCGCCACUCACACCUUGAGCGUCCGAUUUAACGGCCAACCCGUUCCCGGGUCGCCAUUCAAUUGCAAAGUCAGUCCGGGCAACACGCAGCCCAGAGUCCCGGUUUCGGGAUCUGGCAUCGAACUGGCGGCAGUCGGCCAUAAUGCGGAGAUCAAAAUCGAGGGAGUAACGGGCGCGGAACCGCAAGUAAUUGUGACCGCCCCCAACGGCAAGAUCCUGCCCACAAAGCUUUUGGUUAACAACGACUCUUACACGGCAAGAUUCGUGCCGGAAACGGUGGGACGGCAUUCCGCCGCCAUCCUCAUUAACGACCAGCAUGUUAUCGGAUCACCUUUCAGCUGCAACGUCUACGAUGUUAAUAAAGUUAUGGUGUCGGGAUUGCCGGGAAGGAAAGACUUGAGCAGAGGCAUGAGCGAUAUGAGUUUGAGGGACGUAGGACCUGCAGAGGUCGGGAAGCCUGUUACUUUUAGCGUGGACGCCGCACAAGCUGGCGAAGGAACUCUCGAGCUUGUCGUUUCUACUCAACACACCACCAUCAAAGCAGAAGUGGUUGCUUGUGCAAGAGGCCUUUACGACGUGACCUUCGUGCCCCUAACUGCUGAAGACCACUACGUGAACAUCACCUUCAACGAUAUGACAGUCGCUGGCAGUCCGUUCCAUUGCCCUGUUUUAGAAGCAACACACCACGUCCAAAUUGGCACCACCAAUUACAUAGAUCUCCCCGGCGACAAUCAUCGGUUAGAAAUCAGCGAUCCCAAUAACCAUCACGUAAAAUAUGUGAUUAAUAACUAUAAAGCAGAGUUUGUGACCACUCAGACGGGAACGUACCGAGUCCAAAUCUUCAGGGGACACGAUUUGUACGCUACCAAAACUCUGCAUGUCUUCGACACGUCUAAAAUCGACGUGGUCAAUGUGAUGGAAGGAGUUACACACAGACCUUCGGUGGUAGCUGUCAAUGUUCAUAAAGUGGGUCCAGGAAAACUGACGGCCGACGUAAAAGUUGGCAAUAAAGAAGUGGCACAUAGCGUGAGACAAAGUUCACAAAACCCCAACGUUUGGGAAGUGGUGUUCCAUCCUAUUUGCGCCGCCCCACAUAGAGUUGCACUUUUAUACAACGGCGUUCCUAAGUUCGGAGUCGUAGAAGUACCCGUUAAAGGACCCGGAAACGAACCUUGGGCCGGCGGAUUAGGAUUGUAUCAGGCGAAAGUGGGAAAGGUGACGUCCUUCCACAUCGACACUCUAGGCAGAUCGGCUAGGGAGUUUGAUGUUGUUGUCAGCGGUCCUACGGGAUCGGCCGUUCCAGUGCGUUGUUAUCAAACAAAAACUGGGAAACUACAAGCGGAAUUCACUGCACGUGAACCAGGACCUCAUAAGGUGGAAGUAUUGCAUCAGGCCAAACCUGUCAGUGGCAGUCCGUUUGUUUGUAACGCUUUCGAUGCUGAUAACGUUAGGAUCGUUGACAUUCCGUCCACUCAAGGAAAUGUUGGAGAAAAAGUGCUCUUCAAUGUUUCGACGAAGAAUUCUGGAGAUGCCGACCUCGAAAUUCAAAUUACAAAUCCAGUAGGCCAACCUCUGGCCGUUCAACAAACAAAAUUAGAUGACAACUUAACACAGAUUUCUUUCCUGCCAACAUCAGCAGGAUUGUACCAGGUUGCUGUAACCUACGGAGGAGUUCCGGUUAAAGGAUCGCCUCUGGCACUAGGCGUGGGGCCAGUGGGUCCUUCUCCACCGCCUCGAGCGGUCGGAAAAGGUUUGGAAUCGGCUCGAGUAGGCGAAAGGACGUCUUUCACCGUCAGCAGUGUCGUUCAACCCAGAGUACAAGUUGAGGCUGUCGAAGGCAACAUUGACGUGCACAUACAAAGUCCCAAGCCUGGCGAAUAUAUUGUAUCUUACACUCCCAAAUGGGUUGGAACCUAUGAUGUGAUCAUCAGUAUUGGACCAAACGACUUACCUGGAUCACCUUUCCGUCCAAACGUGGUGGAUCCCUCGGCGGUGCGCCUUGUAGGUGGCUGGGCUCAAUAUUUGGAUGAAUCCGGACGCCUUCGCCUUCCAGCCAAAUUGGCUUUCGACAUUUCGAGUGCCGGACCAGGAAAUUUGGAGUGUAAAAUCGCCGGUCGUCGCCUGAGUGGUGAAAAAAGUGGUAAUCGCAUUCGCUACGAAGUCGGAGCUGAAGGUUUGAAUGCUGGCGAGCACGAUUUCGAUAUCAAAUUUGCCGGUGUUCCGCUUCCCGAUGCCCCUAAUACCGUGGUAUCUUACGGUGAUCAGGUGGUUUUGACUGGAAGGGGUUUGGCUCAUGCACAAUGUGGAGAACCUUCUGUGUUUACUAUCGACGGUUCCAAAGCUAAUUCAGGCAAUCCAGAAGUUACUCUUCACGCGGCCGACACUAAUUUGCCAGUUCCUGUCAUGAUCAGUUUGGCGGGAGAGAAAAUAUGGCGUGCCACGUACACGAUCACAUCGCCAGGAAACUAUUUGCUUUCAGUUUUGUGGGCCGGACGCCCGGUUAAAGGCUGUCCAUUAAUGGUAGAAGCAAAAGGUGGUGCUGAUGCUUCUAAGGUUCUCUGUUCAGGAGAAGGCUUGAGGCAAGGAGUCGUAGGUCGAGAGAUCCGUUCUUGGAUCGACACUCGAAGGGCCGGACCAGGGGAAUUGACAGCUCACUGUACGGGACCAAGAAAAGUUGCGUACUGUGAACUUUAUGACCAUGGAGAUGCCACUUUUACAUUGAACGUGAAGCCCCAGGAACCGGGAAAACACGCUCUCACCAUCAAAUAUGCCGGACAACAUGUACAAGGAUCACCGUUCACUUUGAGGGUUGCGGGUGCUCCAGACGCAAGCAAAGUUCGAGUUUACGGACCAGGAAUAGAACAUGGGGUAUUGGCUACCUUCCAGUCCAGAUUUAUAUGCGACACAAGAGGAGCAGGUGCUGGUCAACUCACUGUAAGGGUGCGAGGUCCGAAGGGGGCGUUCAGGGUUGAAAUGCAGCGAGAAAGUCAAAAAGAUCGCACCAUUCUGUGCAAGUACGAUCCGACGGAACCUGGAGAUUAUCGUGUUGAAGUGAAGUGGGCGGGUGAACUGGUACCUGGUUCACCGUUCCCUGUUAUGAUAUUUGACACGCAGGAAGAACUAAGGCGAUACAUUAAUUCAUUGUAAUCUUCAUUUAAGAUUUAAACUUAUUUCACUUGUACAGUACAGUUUAUCAGUAGUUUUUAAGUAAUUUAUGAUUGGAACAUGGGACUGGACAACAAACUGUUUUAGAUAGUUUUACUUAUUUUAUUUACAAGAUUUAUUUUUAUAUGUUUAAUGUUAAUAAAAUUGUUAUCAAUAACAAGUUAA